AUGGCUAGUGCUGGUGAGUCGAUUUUGGCCUUGAAAGGAGAAAGAACCUCUGGUAACUCCAUCAGAAGCCAAAAUGGUGAGUGAUAUUGUUUAUUUACUGUAUAUUUCUUAAAUUUAGUUAUGGCAGCUGGAGCUAUUGCUAAUGUUGUCAAAACUUCAUUGGGACCAGUCGGCUUGGACAAAAUGUUGGUCGACGAUGUUGGAGACGUCACGGUAACCAACGAUGGAGCUACUAUCCUUAAGAUGUUGGAAGUUGAGCACCCAGCUGGCAAAAUUCUGGUCGAAUUAGCUCAAUUGCAAGAUGAAGAAGUCGGAGAUGGCACAACUUCUGUUGUUAUUGUCGCUGCUGAAUUGUUGAAGGCUGCCGACGAACUUGUCAAGCAGAAAUUGCAUCCAACUACUGUUAUCAAUGGUUACAGACUGGCUUGUAAAGAAGCUGUCAGAUAUAUGACUGAGAAUCUGUCAUUUACCGUGGAAGAGCUGGACAAAGCUAACUUGAUCAAGGCCGCCAAGACUUCGAUGUCUUCCAAAUUGAUUGGAUCGUAAGUGAAGUUUAUAAAUUUAGUUUUUAUUUUGAAUACUUUUAGAGUUAUGUUAUUUUAAGGUAAUUAUGUCUGUUUUAGUGACGCUGACUUCUUUGCCAAUCUUUGUGUUGAAGCCGCUCAAUUGGUCAAGGUUGUGGAGCCUUCAGGAAAGAACAUCUACCCAAUUACAGCUGUCAACGUGUUGAAAGCUCAUGGUAAAUCAUCCCGCGAAACACAAUUGGUAAAGGGAUACGCUCUAAACUGCAUCAGAGCUAGCGAUGGUAUGUUACAUUAUUUUGAUCGAUUUAUCAAGUUUAGAGAAGUUAGAAACAUCUUCUAAAAUUAUUUUUCAGCUAUGCCAAGACGAAUUGAGAACCCAAAGAUUGCUUGCUUGGACUUUUCUCUUCAGAAAGCUAAGAUGCAUUUGGGUAUUUCUGUUGUUGUUGAAGAUCCUGAGAAGUUGGAAGCCAUCCGACGAGAGUAAGUAUAUCUACGUUUAGUUCGUUAUCUAUAAGAUUUAUUUUUAAAAGCUUUUGUUUAUUACAGUGACAUUAUGUUGUUUUAGGGAGAUGGACAUCACCAAGAGGAGGAUUGAAAAGAUUCUGAAGUCUGGAGCCAACGUUGUUUUGACCACUGGUGGAAUCGAUGACUUGUGCCUUAAACAAUUUGUUGAAGCCGGAGCGAUGGCUGUCAGACGAUGCAGAAAGAUCGACUUGAAGAGAAUAGCCAAAGCUUGUGGAGGUGGGUAAACUGAUUGAAUUUUAAAAUGAAAAAAUUUUAUUUUUGUUUUUUUAAUAUUGAACAUAAUUUUGAAAGUAACUUUUUAUCUUUUUAGCUACAUUGACUGCUUCUUUGGCUACCCUAGAAGGAGAUGAACAAUUCGAUUCUGCUUGGUUGGGAUCGGCCGAUGAGAUUGUCCAAAAAAGAAUCUCUGACAACGAACUCAUUCUUAUCAAAAACACCAAGGCCAGAACCUCAGCUUCUGUUAUCUUGAGAGGAGCCAACGAUGUUAUGCUAGAUGAGAUGGAACGAUCUCUUCACGAUGCUCUGUGUGUGGUUAAGCGGGUUCUGGAGAGCAAGAAGCUCGUAGUUGGAGGUGGAGCUGUCGAAGCUGCUUUGAAUGUAUAUCUUGAAAACUUUGCUACCACAUUGGUGAGUUUUUUGGUGUUUUAUAGCAUUCUUAGUCAUAUGAACAAACAUUAUUUUAUGUUUUUGAAUUGCAGAUUUGCCAUUUUUUUACUAACUUACAAUUCUUGUAGGCUAGCCGAGAACAAUUGGCGGUUGGAGAGUUUGCCAACUCUUUAUUGGUCAUUCCAAAAACUUUGGCUUCGAACGCUGCCAAAGACGCGACACAAUUGGUUGCCAAGUUGCGAGCAUUCCACAACAAAUCGCAACAAGACAAGAGUAUGGUACAUCUGAAGUGGGCUGGUCUGGACCUAGAGAACGGCGAGAUCUUGGACAACAAGGAAGCCGGCGUCUUCGAACCUCUAAUCAGCAAAGUCAAGAGUUUGAAGUUUGCCACAGAAGCUGCGAUCACCAUCCUUCGUAUCGACGACCUUAUCAAACUCGAGAAGGAAGAGCCCCGAGGUCAAGACGAAUGCGACGCCUAA